GUGAGUCGCUAGUUCGCAAGCAGCGACGGUAGUCAAGUGUCGUCGUUGACCCUAAGGAAAUCGAACAACUAUCGACAACUCGGAUGACCACCGGCCAAGUAUUAAAAAAAAGACGAAAUAGGCGGAACAAGUAGAAUAAGCGUAACAUGGGUGCGACGGCAAGUAGUAACGGUGCCCCAUCACCGUCCGCACCAUCCAUGGAACGAACCGAAGAGACGUUCAUCCGCGGUACAGAGGAGUCUUACUGUCCAGAAUACACGAACGAAAAUAUACGACAAAGGAGGAGGACUGGCGCGUUCGAUGUGGGUGAAGAACCUCGAUCACAGGGUCCGAGUCCUUAUGCGACCUUCAGGGGCGAGGAAUGGUGGAGUCAAAGACCGUCGGCGCCCAGUUUGUCGAACUUGAGACAUCCUCGUCGGGAGACUUUGUUGACGUACGCCGCACAGAUGACAGGUUGGCAGUCGGCCGAGGGGCACAGCCCUUCGUUCUCUCAGGAGACGAUGGAACUGUCUAGAGUGAUCUCUCAGUUAGCGAUGGCGAAUCAACAGCUGGCCACAGCGCACGCGGCCACGUUGGGUCAUCUGGAGACCCUAUAUGUCGAACUUCGAAAGGAGAGAGAGUCCAGAAGGCGCGAAAUGGAUGUUUCAUCAAAGAAACGGUUGACGAUCGAGGAAGACGAGUGCGAAGAGAAACGAAGAUUGGAGGCGGGAGACAGAUUGGAGUCGGACUUAGAUUCCUGUCUGAGACACAGGAGCUGUCAGGAUGAAAACAGGAAACUUCGUUCUAGGAUAGAAAGAUUGGAGAUGAUGAUGAACAGAGAUUUGAGGAUAAAUGAAACGUUAGAUGUUUGUGACGAUUCGAAUCGACAGAUCGGCUGUGAUAAGCUUUCAAGCAUCGUACCUGAAGAAUAUAGAACGAGUGACAUGAGUCGAGAUCUCAGGGUAGAAGGAGAGAGAUCUGAUGAUACGGUGGUGAAUUUGCAUUUAAAGUCUGGGGAUGAGUGUGUGAUGAAGAGCGAGGAUGAGAGGUUGCUCAGGGAGGUCGUCAGGUUAUCGGAAGAGGUCGAGAGGUUAAAGGCUGAACGACUGGAGUACCAAAGCUUGAACCAAAGACUGGAAAAGGAGUUGGCGGAGGAGAAGGCGGUGGUCCACAAGUUGACGAUGGAUUAUGAGGAAUCCAAAACGCGACACGAGAAAGCAGAAUCAAAUCUGCAAGAGCACAGAGAAGAAUACGAUAAACUCAUGGAAAAGUUUGACGUGGCAAAAAAGGAAACGGAAAGGUUGUUGGAAGAAAUUGAUAAGUUUAACACGCAAAAAGACACUGCCGAGGCGAGGAUCUCUAGUCUAGAGCAGGAUCUAGAAAAGUCUUUGUUAGAAAAAGAGCAGAUCAAAAGCAUAGAGAGCCAGAAGACUUUGAAACUGAAGGCACAAUUGUCCGAGGAGGUUUCGGAUAAAAAGAAACAGAUCAAGGCUCUCGAGGACGCUUUGGAUGAGAUUCAAAGACUGAAGGAGACUAUCAAGACUGAGAAAAAAGAUGACGCUUCGAAAGAGGAAGUUGGUUCAAUCGAAUCAACAGACGAUUCGCAAGAAAAUUCCUCAGCAGAACGUGCAACGAAUUUGGAGGAGUUCAAGAAAGAAUUGACUUUAAAAAGAGAAGCCAGACAAAGAGCCAUCGCCGCUGUUUCCUCGGAAAUGGAACGGCUUAGACGAGAAUUAGAUGCAGAGAAGGAGGCUCACUCAGAAACGUCAAGGGUGUUAGACCUUUUGAGGUCUGCGCAGAACGAUCCUCAAGCACAGACACAAAGAAACCUGGAUGAAAAUUCAAAACGAUCUAGGAUGAAAGAUCAAAAGCCGGAUGAACAUGAGCUGGCUAUGAAGCGAAUUGAAGCUCAACGAUUGGCGAGCGUCUUGAAGGUCUCCGACGAGCUGAGAGCCGACAUUCGCUUCCAAAUCGACAAAAUGGACGACCUCCGUUACCAGCUGGAAACAGAGCCCGAUCAGCAUCGAUAUCGCAUCCGAAGCUUGGCAGAGCUGACGAACAAAACGCGGGAGGCUCUUCACCGAAGAGAAUUACGUGCCAACGAGCUGAAGGACCAUCUCGCGCAGAUUCUGGUCCGAUUAGGGGACAGAAGUUUCUUGGACCCGAAGGACGACGUUGGCCUCGAGUGUGAGCGUCAGCUGGAGAACAUCGAUAGCUUGAAGAGCCUCUACAACGAAAGGCUGAAAGUGCUGAGCGAAUUGAAAGAAGCCGCAGCCAGGGAACUUGUGGAUGUGAAGGAGAGAUUGGAUCAAGCGCUGAAGAAGUCAGAGUGCUUGGAGGAGGAUCUUAGAAAGGCUGACGAGAAGAUCGAUGCUCAGGAUACGGAGAUAACGAAUUUGGAGUCGCAGCUUGGACUUACUAAGGCUGACUGCAGGGAUCUUCAGAAUCAGAUGUCGCUUAUUAAUGGGCUGUUCACUCAGAUGCUGUUGGGUGCUUCCUCUGCUGACAUGGACCUCGAUCGACUGACUCAGUUACUUCAGGAGAAUCAUGAUCUGAUUUGUGACAUGGCGAGAGAGGAAGGCACCGAGGCUGCAGCUCUUCCGAAGCUUCUUCUUGACUUAAUUGAACAAGUGGAAGGAGGCAAAGGUUCUCAGAAACGGACAGACAGUGAAAAUAAUGGAGCUGAAGCUGAAGUGGAGAAGAAGGAAGAGGAUCUUCAGCAAGAAGACAUUGCACACAAUUUACCUAAGGUAUGGCGUGUUCUGUUAGAAUUGCUAAGCUGUCACGCAGAAGGUACACCGUCCGCGUCCGCAGCAUCCUCUUCGGAUCCGAACAGCUGUUACAAGUCGGUCGACACACCAGCUGGUCCCAGACUAGUGAUAUCCGUCAGCAAAACGUACAUUCGCUUAAAAGAAUUGAUCCUGGAGAAAAAGCACUUGGAAAAAGAGAUGAACCGAAUGAAGCAGUUGAACGCUCAUUUGGAAUGCAAGCUUGGUGAACAGGAGAAGAGAUUAUCAGCAGUGUCGGCAGAGUUAAGCAAAACCUGGACCAUAGUGGAUCGCAUGCAGGCACAACAUCAUCAGUUGCACACUCACGAGAAGAUUCUGCGAUACGAGCUUCAACAAAAGCGGAAGAUGCUUCAAGAGCUGAAACAGGAACUGGAAUAUUGUCGUGAAAAGUGGGAGUCCGCCAGACAGAAGAAUACAAACACUGAAUUAGAGUGGAGAAGCUUGAGACGAGAGUUCGCUGCUAGAAAAGCUCUGGCUGCUCAUGAUUCCUUUAACAAUAGUGCUGAGAGUGGAUUUAGCGAUGAACGAGGGGAUGAUACUGAUGAGGAAGAGGAUAACUCUGUCGAAGAAAGAAUUAGACUUGGGCCACGAAGGAGACCACGAAAGGAGAGUCCUCGAGCCCCAACCCCGGACACCGAAUCAGAGCAACCAACAGACACCGAGCUAUCGGAAUCCAAAACAGGCUCCUCCGCAACGUUAGAGCAACGAACAUCCACACCCGAGACAGAAGCCGAGUUAGACGAACCUGAAGUGACUUCCGAGCUCUCAAACGUCGCAGACAACUCAGUAAAUCUGAAGAGUUCAGAAGAGUCGUUGGAUCCCCUGGACCAAGCACUGACGAACGUCAUCCAGAACCUCAUAGCAAUCGAAGACUCAAGUCCCUGCAAGGAAAGUGAAAAGCUCGAAAUCCCUGAAGAAUCACAACCCAACCUAGAGUCACCAAAAGAGGAUCUCGCAACGCACACAAGUACAGAAGUUCCUAGUGUUACCGAAGAAACGCGAACAGAUGAGAAGCAAACGGGUGAGAAAGCAAAGAGCGAAGAUACCCUGAAAUCGUCUGUGUCUCACGUACCCAGUCCAGCCAGCACGCAGCCUGUGUUCUCCAUCGGGCCCUUCCCUCCGUCCAUUGUGACACCUGCGACCGUGAAAAAUGCCCAAUUCAGCGGGACACCGGUCACCGGUUCGCAUAAUCGAUUUUCUGCUCCAGUUUUCGGUGCUUUGACGGACAGUCGUUUCGACACGACUCAAGAUGGGGAUCCAAAAGAGAAACGGGUCGACUGUGACAGCGUGUCGGUGGAUUCUUCCUCGAGUAUGGAGACGGUGAAAGACUUCUCCGUAAGGGAGCCCGAAACUGAAGCAAAACAAGAAAGCGUGCAGGAAUCGAGCGGAAUCGCGAAGCAGGAGGAGAAGAAGAGUGCGAAGACCAGGACUCCUGAAGAAGUUAUGGCCGCGAGGGAAGAUAGACUGAAGAGACUGGAAGAACAGGCCAAGUGGUUGAUGAAUAAGAUGAACGCGACCAGUAGGAGAGGGUCGGCGUUGAGCAACAGGCUUGAAGAGCUACACGAAGUUUAUGGGGAGCCACCUGUUCCACCACCCAUGCCAGAUGUGCUGCCUGCUAGGCGGCUCAGGACUAAUUUGGCGGAUCUACCUCGUCAGGUACCUGAAUCAUCCGAGGGUACUAUAAAUAUCGAGAAGUCCGUCUCGAACGGUGGUUCCGACUCGCCUUGAGACGUCCAUGAUUUUUCACUGCACGAAGAAACAUUACUCGACGUUUAUUUUCGUCGGCCAUGAAAACGUGAAGUGCACGAGCGCCAUUUGCCGAGAAACGUGUUGGCUCGCGGUUUCGGGAGUCGUUGCAUAAUUCUGUUUGACUCAGGUCAUUCGGUACUUCAAUUAAUUGAAACGACGUGUUUUUAUAAUCACGCGGAAACAUUAUCGCAAGGUUUUAUCGCGUUCUAUUAUUUUUAUUGUGUCAUCGUUUUACGGACGUGUUACGU